CCCCGGUGGCUAGCCCUACUCCCAAGCCGCAUCUGUACCUGGACCACCUCCACCGUGAAGCGCCUCCGAAAUAUGACAUCCAAGGCCAGACGCGUACAACUACCAAUCGAGCUUAACACGAAGCCCGAGUGUACACCUCACCCCAGCAUUGGCAUACCACCCCCAGACGCAUUCUACUUUCGCAUAUCCGACGUUAACGAGUAUAGAGACAUCUUCACCCGUCUGCCCUUGACACGACAGGACUUUCCGCCGGUCGACCUCCCAACCCCCCCGCCGUCUGUCCUGCCGAACGAGGCCCAUCCCGAGUACCGCCUCUCCACAUAUGACCACACUCCCGUAGGAUACCUCCGUCCAACCUCCCAACACCGUACCCUACCUCUCCCAUCCCAUUACCUUCGCAGCGAUCCACCCUCGCACGAUCACAACGCCGCCCAGAUACUCGUUCCCCAUCGACAUGCUGCCGACUAGGCUGAAUGUCCGGCAAGCAUGCACAUCUGAGAUGCCGACGAGGCUACUACCCCGCCACCGCCCGGUCCCUAGUACAUACACAACCGACUGGAAAUUGAAAACGGGC